CUUAGCCUUAGCCUGUAUGCUACGGCUUGACUAAGCCCUUAUCUCACCCUUCCUCUUCACUCCAACAAGAAAUUCCGAUACCUCUCAAUUGACUCUAUCACCCGACCAAGCGUGACAUAUUCAUAUAACCUUUGUUCCCGAGACUGGUUUUGGUCAUCAUUCUUUGUCGUCAUUCUUUUUGUUGACUUCUUUGGUUCUUCGACUGUCUUAUCAGUGUUGCUGGGCAUCCCGCCAGUCAUCUGCCUGCUGCGUCAUUACCGCUGUUCGCAACUCAAAACUGCUGUCAACACCGCUCAGACUAUGCGAUAAGGCUUCUCACACCUUCAAUCGGACUGAAAAAUGGCUUCUCCUUCGAGAAUCCCAUCUGAACAGCCUCCUAGGUCUGCUUCGCCCUCGAGCUUCCGACCUCGAUCGAUUUCCGCUUCGGUCCCUCGAGCUGAUUUGACAGCGCGUCUUGCUUCUCCCAUCCCGUCACAACUUGGAACUACACCUCCCAGAGGAGGUUCGCCACGACCUGAUGCAGCUCCACGUGCCGAGAAUCUCGAGGAUUUGACCCAGUUGCCUGGAAGCGGGACCAGCGCCCAAGGACCUGGCCAGUCUCCUCCGCGACAUGGCACUCCCGCAGCUCGCGUUGCUACUCCCCCGAUUCGCUCACAGUCUCCUCUGCUCGGCGGUCGAAAUUCGGGGACACCGACCAACUAUGGCUCUUUCAAUUCACGGUCACAAAAUGCGCUGGGCACCAGUGCGCCUUACGAAGAUCCUGAGAUUGUCAAGCGUCAUCUAGUCCAACCCUCGGAUGAUAAUCCAGGCUCAGAAGAGUCAUCGAUUCAAGGUAAUUCGAAGGGCAAGCAGCCAGCCGAAAUCGGCGGUGCCGGACUGGGCGAGGACGAGUUCUCCAGCCUGAAGUUGCAGGGAGGUGAUGUGACUCGAGGUAUCUACAAGUGGACCGAACAGGCAGAAGCGAGAGCAAAGUACAACCGCAGCAAGAGUUUCGAUUUGGGACGGCCUGAGCCCGAGGCGGAGGUACUUGACAUCAACUCGAUAAAGGUGCCCGGUGGCUUCCGAAGAAACCAUCUCCGUCGUAACGUCCAAAGCCCUGGUCCUCACGGUCAUCCUGAGGACGGCCACGCCUCUCCUGCGCCGGGCCAGCAGAGAUUGUUCACCUCAAGCUUCCUCGAAUUCUUGACGAUUUAUGGCCACUUCGCUGGUGAGGAACUGGAGGAGGAUGACGAAGACUUAGGACCGAACGAGUACUUCUCAUCCGGAGAAGACACAGACGAGUACAACUCCGACGACGAGCGGGAGCCUAUGGAGGAUAGUGCCUUGUUGACACCUUCAAGACGCAGACGCAAGCGCAAGGUCCGCGGUGGCACUGGAAACAAUAGUCCCAUGAACGCGGCCUUGCUGCUUCUUAAGUCCUUUGUCGGUACCGGUGUCCUCUUCCUUCCUCGAGCCUAUCUCAACGGAGGUAUGCUCUUCAGCAACCUGAUUCUCUUUGGCGUUGCCGCUCUGAGCUAUUACUGCUUUGUGCUUCUCGUGCAAACACAGCUCAAGGUUGGAGGCUCUUUUGGUGAUUUGGGUGGUGCACUUUACGGGAAGCAUAUGCGUACCCUCAUUUUGGCUUCUAUUGUCAUCAGCCAGAUCGGUUUCGUUGCCGCUUAUACCGUAUUCACUGCCGCCAAUUUGCAGGCCUUCGUCAGGGCUGUUUCCGACUGCAAGUCCUCGAUCAGUAUCCAGUGGCUCAUUCUUAUCCAGAUGCUCAUCUUCCUGCCAUUUGCUCUUCUACGAGAUAUUGGAAAGCUAGCAUUUACUGCUCUAGUCGCGGAUGCCUUUAUUUUGAUUGGUCUGGCUUACCUCCUGUACUACGAUAUUCUGACUCUCAACGCGAACGGUAUCUCCGACAUCAUCAUGUUCAACAAGAAGGACUGGACCUUGUUCAUUGGAACUGCGAUUUUUACUUUCGAAGGCAUUGGUCUCAUCAUUCCCGUUCAGGAGUCGAUGAGACACCCUCAAAAGUUUCCUCGGGUUCUUCUUAUCGUUAUGAUUAUCAUCACAGUCCUCUUCAUUGGCAUGGGUGCCAUCUCUUAUGCUGCCUACGGUUCUCACACCGAAACUGUUGUCUUGCUCAACUUGCCUCAGGACAACAAGAUGGUCAACGGAGUUCAGUUCUUGUACUCUGUUGCCAUUUUGCUUUCUACACCAUUGCAGAUCUUCCCUGCCAUUCGUAUCGCUGAAACAGAGCUUUUCACUCGCAGCGGCAAGUAUAAUCCUUGGGUCAAGUGGCAGAAGAACGUCUUCCGUUUCUUCGUGGUGAUGCUUUGCGCGGCCAUUGCUUGGCUCGGUGCCGACCAUCUGGACAAGUUUGUUGCUCUCGUUGGUAACUUUGCCUGCAUUCCACUUGUCUUUAUCUAUCCUCCUAUGCUUCAUUAUAAGGCGAUUGCCCGUACGAAGUUUUGGAAGGUGGCCGACAUCCUACUCUGUAUCUUUGGAUUUAUCGCAAUGGCGUACGCUACCACACUUACUGCGAUGAGUUGGGCCACUGCGGAACCUAAGCAUCCGGGAUACUGUGAUGAGAAGGGAACAAUGCAUGGGUUUGAGAGGUUUGACGGCCGCAAGGCUUGCUAUACCCGUGUGUUAACACGGCAAACUCGACCUCCGCCUCCUCCGCCCUUUCAGACUGUCGCAACAUGCCCGGAGCCGACAUGCGGGUGCGCGGCUACUCCUGCUAUGCCAGAGGAUCUCCCUCUGGACCGUGAGGGGCCUCUUAAAGGCGCAAUUGCUGGGUAUGCAGAGCAUGUACUACCUUUUCAUAAUAUCUCUGUUCUCAACUCGUCGUUUCCGAGCUCUGUUCCACCACGUCCUGAAGUUCAAACCACAUCUGUGUAUUUGGUUCCAAGCUUCAAAUACGUCCCUUUUCUACCGCGGGUAUCAUUUGAUAGUGUAGAAGCACUGGCUAAGGGGUUUCUGCUCCCUAGGAAGCUUCACCCUGCACAUGAAGGACUCUCACCUAUACAUCGGGAUCGCUUGACCCGCAAAGAAGGGUACCAGGGACUACUACCAGGCGUUCAAGAUGUUCGCGAUAUUUUGGUCUUGAUAUGUGGACAUACAGGACGUGACGCGAGAUGCGGUAUCAUGGCACCUGUUCUGCAAACUGAGUUUGAGGACAAGUUGGAAAUGGAGGGUUUUGACGUCUUGCAUGGACCCGUGCAAGUUAAUCUCGGCGACAAACAAAGAAUACAGGGAGAAACCGGUGAAGGCAAGACUACAGCUAGAGUUGGUUUGAUCAGUCAUAUCGGAGGUCACAAGUUUGCUGGCAACGUUAUCAUUUAUCUGCCUCCAGACCUGAAGAUGGGCGAUGAGCCUCAUCCUUUGGCUGGAUGCGGAAUUUGCCGUUUGUCAAUAGCUAAGACACAGCCUCCAAGAAUCUCAUCACGGAGCCUCUCAACUUCAUCACCACCUCGGCAACAUGCUUCUGAAAAACCAGACUUUUCUACACCUCUUCAAUCACGAAUCUUCCCCUCUCUAAUAGUCGUUGGAAUAAUUCUUGUCAGUGGCGGCUACUAUCUUCUCACGCCGCCGUCUCGACCCAACACUCUCAACGAGAUAACCUUUGUUCCCUACGGCAUCACAGCUCGCGAGGCCAUCUCACCAACCUCAUUCGUCAUCACCGCAGUCCCACGCACACCAAACCCUUCUCUACCAUAUCUGAACCCCUCAGAUAACCACUGGAGGUAUCCUCUUUGGUCUGUGGAGUUCAAGCAACCUGAGGUGCAAAUUUCUCGACAUUAUACGCCCCUGCCUCCACUGUCUACAGAGGAUCCUAUAGAUGGCUCGCUGCGGUUUUACAUCCGGACUGUUGGCGAUGGUGAAAUGUCCAACUAUCUAGGUCGAAGACAGGUUGGAGAAGACGUGUUCCUACGUGGUCCACACGUUGGCUUUGAACUAGCGCAGCGAUUGGGUGAGCACUCUCGUCUUGUCUUCCUUGCCGGCGGUACAGGUGUAGUGCCUGGUAUACAAGCAGCGAAGGCUGUCUUGGAAGCGAACGAAAAGUCAAGCGUUGACCUUCUCUGGGCUGUAAGGAAGAGAGAAGAGGUUCAAAAAAGUGCUCCUCCUCGGCAAUCAUCGUGGAAGUUUUGGCAAGAAAAGAAGCCCACGACAUUAGGCACUGAGGUCGAGAGUCCUAGCCCCGUCACAAAGCGCUUGCAGGACCUCAAGAUAGCCUAUGGUGAUCGUCUAAGGAUUCAGGUCGUUGUUGACGAGGAGGGAACUCGCUUCCAGGAUAGGGAUAUUAGCAAUGCCAUUGCAGCAUCACCAGGAACCGUUGCUUCAUUUGAUGCAGGCUGUCGAUUCCACGAUCAAGCAAUGCAUGUUCACGCCUCCGAAUUCGCCCUCGCUGAAGGGCCUGGUUGUGUGUGCAAGCCUUCUGAAGGCACCACCCCCGGGAAAAACUUGUUUAUCGUCUCUGGCCCCGACGGUUUCAUUGAGUACUAUGCCGGGCCCAAGAUAUGGUUAGGUGGCCAGCAGACUCAAGGUCCGGUAUCUGGUAUAGCUGGCUAUCUGCAAAAACAGAACCCUCUCCUGGCAAGAGAUUGGCUAGUCCUCAAGAUGUAA